AUGCGUUCUACUCUUCUAUCGGCGGCAGCCCUGCCGCUGGCUGCUCACGCUCUCGACAUCAAUAACUUCUUCGAGGGACCUGGCAUCGUGCGAUUCCCUCUCACCGGCAACCCUGACGCCCUCGACAAGCACAUGCGCCGUCAGUUCGAGGCUGGCCUCAGAAACCGCCAGACUGGCUUCUUCUACACCAUUGACCUCCAGAUCGGUACCCCCCCUCAGACCGUCGCCGUCAACUUCGACACUGGCUCCUCCGAGCUCUGGGUGAACCCAAACUGUGCCAGAUCUUCCGACGAGGCUUACUGCAAAACUUUCGGUGCUUUCGGCAAAUCCAGCUCCUUUGUCAGCACCAACCAGAAUGCCACCCUCAAGUACGGCCGCGGCCACGCCGAUGUCGAGUACGGCUACGACUACGUCACUGUCGGCACCUCCAAGAUCAACCAGCAACUUUUUGGUGUUGCCCAUGAUUCCGAGUUUGCCACUACUGGUAUCAUGGGUGUUGGCCCCAAUCUGCGCGGCUGGACUAGCCCUUACCCCUACAUCCUCGACAACCUGUUCACUCAGAAGUUCAUCAACAGCCGCGCUUUCUCACUGGAUCUCCGCCAGGUGACCAGCGAGCGUGGUGCUGCUGUGUUUGGUGGUAUCGACACCAAGAAGUUCAAGGGUCCCCUCGUCAAAAAGGACAUCAUCCCCGCCGGCUCUUCUCCCGACGGCAAGACCCGGUAUUGGGCCAACUGCGACAGCAUCGUCAUCAACCGUGAGGAUGGCUCCAAGAUCACUGUCACCUCUUCACCCCAGGCUUUCCUCUUUGACUCAGGCUACACGAUCAGCUCUCUUCCCAGCGGUCCCUUCAACGAGCUCCUGAAGGCCUUCCCCUCCGCCGUCAAGGAGUCCACCGGCCAGUACGUAGUCGACUGCAGCGUCGUCAACCUCAAGGGAACCCUCGACUUCAAGUUCGGCGAGGCCACCAUCAGUGUCCCGUACAGCGAAUUCAUCUGGCAGCAGCCCGACUACAAACAGUGCGUCCUCGGUGCCGUCGAGGACAAUGUGAUGCCCGUUCUUGGUGAUACUUUCCUCCGCGCUGCCUAUGUCGUCUACGACUGGGACAACCGUGCCCUUCACUUCGCUGCUGCCGACGACUGCGGCUCCAACCUGGUUGCUAUUGGCUCUGGUCCCGGUGCUGUUGGCGUCACCAAGGGUGAAUGCGGCGCUACGCCCACCUCUUCUUCCACCUCGAGCGUUCCCACCUCGACUUCGACCACCACUACCAGUUCUUCUACCAUCCUGUCGUCCACCUCGAGCAUUCCUACUUCGUUCUCCAACUCGACCGUUUCAAGCGCCUCGUCCACCUCGAGCGUUGCUACUGUGUCGUCCACCUCGAGCGUUACCACCACGCUUACCAACUCGACUUCUAGCGCUGCCUCCUCGACUCCCAGUAUUCCCACGCUUACCAACUCGACUUCCAGCGCUGUCUCGUCGACUUCCAGUGUUCCUACGUCGUCGUCCACCUCCAACGUGGCUACCGUGAGCAGCCAGGGCCCUAUCCGCUUCAGCAGCGGCGUUUCUUCCACCGCUCGUGUCACUAGUUCUAUCACUACUGGCCCUCACCCCAGCGGUUCUUUCACCACCGGCCACCACAGCAAGAACGCCACAACAUACACGUCCAUCGUCAAGUCCACGCGCACGCACACUAUCACCUCGUGCGCCCCGACCGUCACGAACUGCCCCGUCGGCAAGGUCACCACCGAGGUCGUCACGUCGUACACCACCUGGUGCCCCGAGGAGAACAAGCCCAAGGCUACCAGCACCAGCAUCGGCACCAGCGCCGCCAGCACCACCAGCGCGUACACCAAGCCCCCUUGCCCCGAAGUCACUCUUACCUUUGUCAUCCCCAAGACUUACUACUGCACCAAGGGUCAGUCCGGCUGCACGGAGGGCGAAGAGAUUGUCACUUCGCACCCUGCCACCAUCGUUCCCAUCACCCCGCUGGCCACGCCCACGCCCAUUCCCGGCUGCGUCGACUGCCACCCCAAGCAGACCUCCAAGCCUGUCGAGACGCCCUCCGCCCCUCCCGGUGUCGUUCCCGUUCCGGUGAACCCGAACCCGGUCGAGACCAAGCAGCACGUCCCUACCCAGAGCACCCCCGUUGGUCCCGCUCAGCCUCCCACCACGCCGGCUCCCAAGCCCGUCCAACCCUCGACCAUGGUCUCCGCCAAACCCUCCGGCACCGGGUCCCCCGUUCCUAGCCAGCCCCCGAUCACCGCCGGUGCUGCUGGUCUCUUUAUCCCCAGCCUCGCUGCGCUCGCUGCCGCGCUUGUCGCUGCCAUGUAA